AUGGUGAUAGAAGACAUGUUCAAAAGAAAAGAGGACAACCCGGACUUCUAUUUCGAUUUCGACAUAGACGAAGAAGCUCAAUUAACAAGGUUAUUCUGGGCAGACGCAGAAUGCCGGAGGAACUAUGCAUAUUAUGGAGAUAUCAUGUCAUUUGACGCCACUUACAGUACAAACAGGUAUAACUCAUAUGAGGUACAAGUGUUCGUCCCUUUCACAGGGGUGGAUAACCACAAAAGAUGCAUAACAUUUGGGGCAGGGUUGAUUGUGAAAGAAGAUGUAGAGUCAUAUGAGUGGCUAGUCAUGAAGUUCAAGACUGCAAUGGAAUACACCCCAAGAUGUGCUACAACUGACCAAGAUCCAGCACUAAAAAUAGUAGUACCACAAAUUAUGCCAACAACAAGGCACAGAUUCUGUAUGUGGCACAUCAUGACAAAAGUUGGGGAAAAGGUAGGGGUUACAUUGUGGCACAACGCAGACUUCAAAAAGGAACUGAAUAACACCGUAUGGGAUGGCACAUUAACAGUAGAUGAAUUUGAGAGGAGAUGGACAACACUAAUGAAGGACUACAAUCUUGAAGACCACUGGUGGUUUGCCCAACUCUACGAGGCACGUGCAUCGUGGAUACCUGCAUACUUCAACGACAUACUAAUGGGUGGUCUGCUAAGGACCACAUCACGGUCAGAAUCAGAAAACAACUACUUUGGUAAAUUUACAAACCACCACUGCAGCUUGGUAGAAUUCAUGGCACAAUACAAUAGUGCAAUUGGAGAACAGAGGCACAAACAAUCAAAACUCAACGCAGAAAAUGAAGGUUCGUACCCUGAAACUAAAACCCCUUUGAGUAUUGAGAAGCACGCUGCUAGAGUUUACACCGUAAACAUAUUCUAUGAAUUCCAACAAGAGGUAUGGGAUGCCAGUUUCAUAUGCCACAUCACCGACAAAAAUAACCUAGGUGACAUAUGGACUUAUCAAGUUGAAGAAACAGGUGGAAAAAAUUUUGAAGUAACAGAAAUCCCAAGCACGGAGCAAAUAGAGUGUGCAUGCAAGAACUUCAACCGUGUCGGUACACUAUGCAGGUAUGUGCUACAACUGAUGAAGACAAGAGGGUAUGAAACAAUCCCACAAAAGUAUAUUGUCCCACGGUGGACGCGAGACGCAUGUGCACAACCAUUAUACGAUGUCACAUGGGCAAAAAGAACAAAAAUUCUCAAGGCAACUGAAACAACAAAAGUUGCAAAUCAACUAUGGAAUGAAUUCUACAACUGCAUGGGAUUAGUGAAUGGUUAG